AUGUCCCUUAAUUCAAGUACUUCCACACCACCACCUGCUACUAUUCCCCAGUAUGCUUCGGCCACCGAACCCCCUUCGACAUCCGAAAACUUCAAUACGAUGCCUUCUCAAAAACCUCCUCUUUUAUCGCCAAUCUCUCACCUUCAGAUAUAUUCAGCACAAAUUCCGGCGGCGUAUAUCACUCCGGUGUGCGGGGCAGGCGCCGGAAUCGCAUCGGGGAUUGUUACAUGCCCUCUUGACGUUAUAAAAACAAAACUGCAGGCCCAGGGUGGGUUUGCACAGAGGAAGAAUGGAAGGAUAUCGCCUUCCUCCUCUGCGUAUUCGGGAAUGAUUGGAACUGCAAAGGUCAUCUGGCGGCAUGAAGGGUUGCGGGGUUUAUACAGAGGACUUAACCCAAUGUUGCUGGGGUAUCUACCCACCUGGGCCGUCUACCUCACAGUCUACGAGAAGUCGAGGGAGUUCUACGAGACUCAAUUCAAUAGUUGGUGGGCAAGCCGGUGCUACUCUUCAUUGACAGCUGGUGCUUGUUCCACAAUGUUGACAAAUCCCAUAUGGGUAAUCAAAACGAGGUUAAUGUCGCAAAGUAACAGGGGCGCAACUGAUGGCUUUCGAGCACCAUGGCAUUACACAUCGACCACAGAUGCUGCAAGAAAGAUGUAUCGCAGCGAAGGACUACGCGCUUUCUAUUCGGGGCUGACUCCCGCAUUGUUAGGCCUGACGCAUGUUGCCGUCCAAUUCCCUUUAUAUGAAUAUUUCAAGAUGAAGUUCACAGGUUAUGGAAUUGGCGAGCAUCCCGAGCAUGAUGGUGGCUCGCACUGGGUUGGGAUAUCUGCUGCAACUUUCCUAAGCAAAGUAUGUGCGAGCACAGCGACAUACCCUCAUGAAGUCUUGCGAACGAGGUUGCAAACGCAGACAAGGCUUUCAAGACCGGGACACUCGCCAGAAGGAAUCUCGUACCGGGGAGGCGAUAUUCAUCCCUCAGAUAUGGGAAGGCCUCCGGGCCUCUCAUCUUCGGACGGCAUGCCAACUAGACCACGGUAUCAUGGCGUGCUCAAGACCUUUCAAGUUAUUCUGCACGAGGAAGGAUGGAGAGCGUUCUAUGCAGGUAUUGGGACAAAUCUUGUACGGGCGGUGCCGGCUGCUAUGACAACGAUGUUGACCUAUGAGUGGUUGAAGAAGAUCAUUGGUCAUUUGAGAGAAGAAGGGUUCAAACAGCUGGAGCCAAAGGACGCUUACCCUUCGUCGACCUUGCAAUAG